CACAAGCAUUUAGCUUCUUCUCCUCGGCACUUCUCGCUUCAUAUAUACAUUGUUCACUUUUUUUUUUUUCUAUCUGAUUCUAUCAAUGGAGAAACCCACUUCUAUUUCUGAUUCUGGCGGAACCACUACCUACAACACUGUCUUCAUAGACACCAGCCUCGAUACCCACUUGGCCAUGAUCGUCUCCGGUUCCGACACUGUUUCGGACCUCAAAAGGAGAAUACUGCAUGAAUACCCAUUGUGCUUUCCUAACAUUAGUGGGAUUAAAAUUCAUGCUUUAAAGGUUAAACGUAAAGGACACUUUUAUCAUUUAUCAGAUUCCAUGUUUGUAAAAAGUGCAUUUGAUGGAGUCAGCAAAAGCUGGUUUCUUUCUGUUGAUGCUUCAAUUGUAGAGGAGCAGAGUGAAAACCAGCAUACUGGGAAAUCCAAUUUUGGACACCUAGGAGCCUCUUGUGGCAUCACAGGUAAUCCUUCAGCUGAUGGGGUUGCUCUUCUGGCUGAUGCUUCUCCCAGAAGGUUGUCCAAUAUUGAUGAUUCAACAUUGACACAAGUUCACAGAGACCAGAAUGGAAAACAGAAACCUUCUACUCAGAGUACUUGCAACAUCUUGGCUCUGGAUAACAAUAAUAGGUCAGAUAUGAAGUUAAAGGAGAAACGUUCUAGUAAAGAUAGCAUAACAUGUACUGAAUGUAAGGAAAACAACUUCAGGAAUGGAAUUAAUGAUGUGCAAUUCAAUGCAAUGGAAGGGGCUCCAGAAACUGUAUCUGUGACGAAGAAAAAACCUAAAGCAAAAAGGAGGAGGGAGGAUGAAGUAAGUGACCAUAUUUCAAACGAAGAGAAUGUGCCAGCUCAUGUAUCUGAUGAAGAUGAAUCACAGCAAGACAUGGUCCUGGAUAACUCUUUGGUCACUGACGGUAGAGGUACAGUAGUUACUCGUGAUAUGCAAAUGGGAAGCAAAUAUAAUGCUGAUGAACAUUGCAGGAUUUCAGCUUCUGAUAUCAACCAGAAAUCAGGCAGGGAGCUGCUGAUGACUGAUGUUCUCUAUGAGGGAACUGCAGCUUCAGGAAAAAAUUUUGAGUGCGAUACUUCUAAGAAUGUUGAUGUUAAUGCGAAGUGCAAUACAUCAUUGGAAGAAGCUUCACCCAGGCCUGCUGCUAAUAAAAAGCAGAAGACUGCAAGGAAAGAUGAGAUUGGAAAUUCUUCAAAAGAAAACAGGCUUCUGGCAUGUGAUUCUACUAGAGAGACCUUGGUGCCAGAGAUUACAAUUUCUCAGUGCUCUUUUGGGAACAAACAAAAAGGCACAAACACUACCUUGGACCAUUUAUCUUCUGAAAUGUCGAAGGAUGACAAUUUGUUGACAACCGAUGCAAGCAGUGGAAGAAAGAAAAGAAAAAAGAAAUCAUCAAAAUUUCUUGAUCAAGUUGUAGCUGCAGUUCCUUCUUCUGCACAAGAUGAGAGGAGGGUGCACCCUGGGGACACUGUUGGAGUUCAUCACAGGAAUUUGGAAAACGAACAUGAUGCAGCAGUUCUUCCUUCACAAAGUGUCCAUGGUGCCACGAUUUCUGAACCAUAUUCAGUGCCUUUGAAGAAAAAUCUUUAUGUUCCCCUGCAAGAAGAGGGGGAAAACAAUAAAGUACCUUGUUCAUUAGAAGUUGAUACAAGUGGCAAAGGUGUCGGCAAUGUUGAAAGCAAGAAUGUUUCACCUGAAUUAACAGCUCCAUCUGCAGCAAAACAAAUGAGAAUUUCAGUGGAUCAUCAUGUCGGUGAAGCAGAAGGCAAUCCUCCCCUCCCUGUCCAAGAGGCUAGUAGUCUUAAUAAGAAUUCAGGGGUUACCAAGUGUGAGAAUGUCAUUGUUCAUGAUUGUCAGAAAUUUGGAGGUGAUCAAACUGGCAGAGUUGCAGAAGGAAAAGAAUUGUCUCAAAGUAAAGAUUCAGAAGCAAUGCCCCCAGUAAAGGUCACCCCUUCAGGCAGUGAUGAAGUAGUAGUUGCUUCUAAUUUGGUUGAUGCUAAUGGAAAUGUGGACCGGGAUACCAAUGUAAAGUUAGAACCUCCAAAAUCUUCAAAGAAAAAAAGGAAGUCCAAAAAAUCUCAGGAUCCUUCUUCAUCGGUUACGAAGCAUAAAACAGGUUCUGGGAUUGGCAUUUCUUCAACCGAGCCACAUGAGACAAUUCAUACCGAUCAUUCAAGUGAUAAAUCUAAGAAAGAGGAAAGCUUUAUGUCCCCAGUCAAGGGGAAAGAAAUUCCAAAAAUGACAGCAGUGAAUAAUUCUGUUUUGGCUAAUGACAUGGAUUCUGAUAAUGUGAUUCGAAAUGUGUUGGAAUCCUUGAAGGAUAUCAGCGAAAUCCCAAUGAAUGCGGAAAAUAAGGAUGAGAAAUCAAGAAAGAAAACCAAGAGAAAACGAAAUUCUGCUGCUAAGAACCCACCAGAAUUGCUAGAAGAAGAUGAAAAUGUUAGUUGUAAGAAUGUGACGCUGUCAACUGAUGGCACUAGGGACGCGAAGGUGGAUGCAUCAUUGAAAUUGACGAAGAAGGCAAGCUUAGUGAAGACAAGUUCUGAAAACAAGCUAAAUGGAUCAAAUCUGGAAUCUGAAAAUAAUACUGGCAUUGAAACAAGUCCUCUUCAAGAUCAAAAUGGUAAUUUCCCUACAAGUGGCCGUUCAAAUGAAGCUAAUAAUAAAAUGGAAGCAUCCUGUGAAAGUGAUAGGACUAUCGUUAAUGAUAAUUUUGUGCCCAACCAACAACAGCAUCUGAUUGAUGUUUCUCACAAUAUGCCUGUUCAAAAGGUGACGGAAAAAAAAGGAGUAGAGAAAGAGGUAAAAGCCAGCAAGAAGAAGAAAAAACUUGAUGCACACUCUAAUGGCCCCUCACCCGAUUUACAAAAUACACUGAAGUUAUUUGAGAACCAAAGGAGUGGAGGAAAAGUUCAAGCUGUUGACUCUAGCAGUGUUGAACCACAGAGAUCAUUGUCAAAGGGUGAGGGUGAUAACCCAAAGAUUCAUCCUAAAACAAAGCUGGCAAGAGUCUCUGGAAGUGAGGCUAAAAACAACUCUGGUAAGUUAUCAAAAAAAGAGGAAGCUACAAGGCCCAAUGCUGUCAAUGGUUCUGCAACACAUACUCGUUCAGAUAAAAGCAAACAAAACAUUGCUGCAUCAGACUCUAGCUUGUCUAGUUCUAAAAACAUACUUCCCGAAGGUCAAAGGGGUGACAGGCAUCAAUUUCGUUUGGACGUUGGAGAUGUUUCCAGUAAAUACUAUAAUGGGGAAGUAGUAUAUAGCUCACAACAUAAGAAGAGCUUGUUAGCUACAUCAGGCUCAAUUUUUAAGGAAGAUAGUUAUGAGAGUUCAGAUGAUGAAGAUGGGGUAUAUAAUUCAGAUGCCAGCACCAGAACUCCAUCUGAUAAUUCCUUGUCAUCUGACUACUCAGAUGGGGAUAGCGGUGCGCAACAGAAUGGAACUAGUGGCUCAAAAAGGAAAGAAAGUGGUGGAAGAAACAUCACAAAUUCAUUCUCUAGUGGGACCUUGGAAAAAAUCCUUAGAAGCUCAAGCAGCUACAAGGCCGCAAAGCUAAAUGCUUCUCAGUCACAAAUGCAGAACACAGAAAACCAGCCUCUCGAAUUUGUUCCAGAUAGCCAGGCAGACCAACAGUCAGCUCCUGCUUGUUAAGUUUGGUUUUUUCAAUUUUGUCCCACGAGAGUUUAUGCUCUCUUUUUCGCGUCGCCUGCAGAGGUCUCUCUUCUGUUUUCCUGUUAAUCGUGAGAUUCAAAGAGAAUGGCAUUCAAUCUGAGCCAUGUUUUUCUAAUUCUUUUUUUUUUUUUUUUCUUUUUUGAAUCGUUAAAUAU